AUGCACCUCCUCACUCGCGCCGAGGCUCCAGACUGGUUUGAGCCCACUGGGUUCUAUUGUCACAAUGAGUCAGGCAACAUCUUCUCCCACCUGCUGCCCGGCUUAAUUCUCGCCUGGAGAGGUCUGCAGGUUGGGUUCGAUUUGAGUCAUCCUGAUGAAGCGGUUGUCGCUCUGCAUCUGGUAUCGGCUGUUCUGUGCCUGUCGCUGUCGGCACUAUAUCAUACCGGUCUGAAUCACUCACCGCCGGUUGCGCACCGUUGGCUGCGAUUGGACUAUGGAGGGAUAUUGGCGUUGAUCCUUGGAAAUCUCCUGAGUGGAGUGCACUUUGGAUUUUAUUGCGAUCCUGUUCUCAAGAUGCGGUACUGGUCACUGGUGGGUUCGAUGGGUGGGAUAUCACUGGAGUCGGAGACCUGA